UAUAAUUUCUAACCCAACUCCUUUCACUCCAGCCCAUCUUUAUCUUUCAAGGGUUGGGCUUUUCAACUGAAGUCCAGUCGGUAAAUCUUCUUUGUUCUGUCCAUUAUCGACUACCGGCGAAACGAAGCUUGUGAACUGCAAAAGAAAGGUUACGACAAUCAACGUCUCCGGGAAUGAGUGCAGGGGGAGCAUUUGGUGGAAAUAGAGGACUGAGACCAGUGCCGCCUGAAAAAGGAGUUUUUCCGUUGGACCAUAUGCAUUUAUGUGACCUGGAGAAGAAAGAGUACCUCAAUUGUCUUAAAUCCUCUGGGCAUAAAUCUGACAACUGUCGACACCUCUCUAAGAAGUACCUGGAGUGCCGUAUGGAGAAGAACCUGAUGGCAAAGCAAGACAUGUCAGAACUUGGCUUUGGCAAGAACUAUGAUGCAGAAGCUUCUUCAGAUGGAAUGACCAAUGGAACAAUAGAAAAAUGAAGAUAAUAAUCCUUAAACUUGUUAAUUAUUUUCUGGGAUUUUUUCAGAAGCCUGAGUAGAAGGUUCUACUACAUGCAAGCUUUACUAUUGUCACUUUGACAACUUUCACAGUUGCGUACAGGAGGUCAUCUUUUUCCAUAUGUAUUCUUUUCUAUCCCAAAUCCCUUGUCAUUAUCUAUCUCACAUCCUUCAUUUUGUCACCUCAUUUUUCCCUUUCUUCUUGUGAUUAUGUGUACCUGAAAGGCAAAAAAUAGCAAGAGAGAAGGAGAAGGAAAACGAUAAGACGAGGAAAUGUAUGCACAUUCAGCUAAUGAUCAUUAUGUUUCUUCCUAAUAUCUUUUACAUCUGCAAUGCCUUCCAUUCUUUCCUUCUCUUGAUCAACCUGGAAUAUUAGGAAGUCCCAACAACGCCAGUGCAAGCAGCUGCUAGUUUGUAAACAGUUUGUAAACUUUGAACUUAAGUGAAUUUACUUGUGCACAAUCUUCAUUUUGAUCAUUGAUGUUUAACUCAAGUAUGUUUCAGUUGGACA